AUGCGGACGUCGAUAUUUACAGUAUUACUUCUGAAGUGCUUCAAACUCCAUGAUGCAUGCGGUCGAGCAGAGUACAGAAUAGGUGAUGAGUGCUGUCCUAUGUGUUCUCCUGGAAACCAUGUACACAAGCACUGCACUGAGUUCACCAGUACAUCCUGUGUACCCUGUAUUGACUCCACGUUCCUUGGCGAGCCAAACGGUCUCAUGAGAUGUGAACCGUGUACCAUCUGUGACUCAGGUUUGGGUUUGAAGGUAAAGCAGCCAUGUAGACCUUCAUCAGACACUGUCUGUGGGACACUGGAGGGGUUCUACUGUCUAGACCCAACUAAGGAUGGUUGUAGAGCAGCCCAGAGACACAGCAGCUGUAAACCUGGUCAAUACAUCAGCCACACAGGAACAACAUCUACAGAUACUGUGUGUUCUGACUGCACUGGUGAUACUUAUUCAGAUGGAUCAUUAACAGCCUGCCAGUCACACACUGGAUGUGAAUCCUUGGGACUUCAGGAAAUGAAACCAGGAUCUCCUUGGUCGGAUUCAGAGUGUGGACCACAACUAUCCCAUUCCACAGCUAGAAGCGGAAUGUGUGCUGUGGCAUCCAUGACAGUUCUCAUGAUAUUAGCUGGAGCUGUUUCCUUAUUAAUAUUAGCGAGUGAUUUCCUCACCUAA